CGGGGCGCUGUGGAGGAGGAGGAAGACCUGCCAGAACUGUCAGACAGCGGUGACGAGGCCGCCUGGGAGGAUGAGGACGAUGCCGAUCUCCCCCACGACAAGCAGCAGACCCCCUGCCUGUUCUGUGACAGGUUAUUUACCUCUGCUGAAGAAACGUUUUCACACUGUAAGUCUGAGCAUCAAUUUAAUAUUGAUAACAUGGUUCAUAAACAUGGACUUGAAUUUUAUGGAUACAUUAAACUAAUAAAUUUUAUUAGACUUAAGAAUCCUACAGUUGAGUAUAUGAAUUCCAUAUACAACCCAGUGCCUUGGGAAAAAGAAGAGUAUUUGAAGCCAGUACUAGAAGAUGACCUUUUACUUCAAUUUGAUGUAGAAGAUCUUUAUGAACCGGUGUCAGUCCCAUUCUCAUACCCCAAUGGACUCAGUGAAAAUACAUCCGUCGUAGAAAAAUUGAAACAUAUGGAAGCCAGGGCACUGUCUGCUGAAGCUGCAUUAGCUGGAGCACGUGAAGAUCUGCAGAGAAUGAAGUAAAUUUGCUCAGAUUUUGUGAUGAACGCAGAUGUCAGAACCUGCUCGUCAUCUACGGCUACCGUUGCAGACCUCCAGGAGGAUGAGGAUGGUGUUUACUUCAGCUCUUACGGGCAUUAUGGGAUACACGAAGAGAUGCUGAAGGACAAAGUACGAACAGAAAGUUACCGCGAUUUUAUAUACCAGAAUCCACAUAUCUUCAAAGACAAGGUGGUGUUGGACGUUGGUUGCGGAACUGGAAUCCUAUCCAUGUUUGCUGCUAAAGCCGGGGCAAAGAAGGUUCUUGGAGUUGAUCAGUCUGAAAUACUUUACCAGGCAAUGGAUAUCAUAAGACUAAAUAAACUUGAAGAUAGUAUUAUACUAAUUAAAGGAAAAAUUGAAGAAGUUCGUCUUCCUGUAGAGAAAGUGGAUGUUAUUAUAUCUGAGUGGAUGGGCUAUUUUCUUCUUUUUGAGUCUAUGUUAGAUUCUGUCCUUUAUGCAAAGAACAAAUACUUGGCAAAAGGAGGAUCGGUCUACCCUGACAUUUGCACUAUCAGCGUUGUGGCAGUAAGUGAUGUGAAUAAACAUGCUGAUAGAAUUGCUUUUUGGGAUGAUGUCUAUGGCUUCAACAUGUCCUGCAUGAAGAAGGCAGUUAUUCCAGAAGCUAUUGUGGAAGUGUUAGAUCCAAAGACUCUUAUCUCAGACCCUUGUAGUAUUAAGCAUAUAGAUUGCCAUACAACCUCUGUCUCGGAUUUGGAGUUUUCUUCAGAUUUUACCCUAAAAAUCACAAAGACAUCACUAUGCACGGCAAUUGCUGGCUACUUUGAUAUAUAUUUUGAGAAGAAUUGCCACAAAAGGGUCGUAUUCUCUACGGGACCCCAGAGUACCAAAACACACUGGAAACAAACAAUAUUUCUUUUGGAAAAACCAUUUUCAGUUAAAGCAGGUGAAGCCUUGAAAGGAAAGAUCACAGUGUACAAGAAUAAGAAAGAUCCACGCUCUCUCAUUGUGACACUCACACUGAAUAACUCAACUCAGAUUUACGGUCUCCAGUAAAAUGGCCACAAAAGCACAACUUAAUUUGCAGUAUUUAUUGUGGAGGAGGGAUGAGUACGGGGUGGGUGGAGGGGUUUUAUGGGAGCACCUGCAUGACGGAUCCUUUGAAGCCAGAGAAGCGUGGUAGGUAGGAAUCUGAUAGAAUUCAGCUCCACCUGCAUAAUCACAUUCCUGGAAGUCUGGUCAGUGAGAUUCAACCAAAUGUAACCCCUCUGUUAAGUUUACCUUGAAAAUCAUUUAAAUUGGCCUAAAUUUGGAAUAGAGACAGUCUUUUAUUGUUUUUAAUAAGUUUCUUACUAUAAAUUUUAAAUACAAGUAAUUAGUUAUUUGGAUAGUUUUAUUAAACUAGUACCUGUACACAAGGUAUUAACAUAUUUUAUUACAGAUUUCCUUUCUGAAGAGUAGUUUUAAUUGUAUCUGCUAGAAUAUCAGGAUAUGAUACAUUAAAAGAGCAAGCGUAAGGGAUUCGAAUGUGGAAGAGGGACCACACAGGUCACAUCUGCAGACAGCUUGGCUGAUUGUCCUGUAGUUCUGCUCUCACUUUAUAGCUGCUUCUCUCUGCAGAUAUUCUUUAGCAUCUAAUUUUCUAGUGUCGCCCAGGAAAUGUAGUUUCAAUACAUUUACCCUAGGUUUCAUACAAGUUUUUAAAGGUUGGGAUAAAUGUGUACUUAUUUAAUAAUACCUUUUUCAAACUAGAUUUGUAUGUAGAGUUAAAACAUGCAACUGUUAAUAUACUUAUAUCACUGUAUACAAUUGUCACUUACAGUUACUGACUCAGUUUGAAAAACAGAACAGAAAACAUCUGAUAAAAUGUGUACAGCAGCCAUUAGCAUUAUAAAAUGAUAUUUCAACAUAUUAAAGCCUUUUAAUAAAGUCAGAAGCAUUUUUUUUUAAAGUCUUAACAAAGGAAUCAUUUUUAAGAUCACAGGGAUUUGGAGGGGGAUGGAUAUAGCUCAGUGAUAGAGUGCAUGCUGAGCAUGUGCGAGGUCCUGGACUCAAUCCCCAGGACCUCCAUAAAAAAAAAA